CGUCUUUAUUCAAAACAUUAUCAUCGACACAUGUAGACCUCACCGACGUCUCUCCUCCAACCACUCUGUUAAAGGCACUCAAACUCCCACUAUUUCCUUUCUUCCUCACCAAACCUUAACUUCCCCAGAUGCGUAAACCUUAACUUCUAAAUCAUCUGAAAUGACAACGGUUCCAAUGGAUAUCGUCAACGACCUCUUCCUCCGUCUCCCAGCGAAGACCUUGGUCCGCUUCCGAGCCCUCUCCAAGCCCUGCUACCACCUCAUCAACAGCCCAGACUUCAUCUCAUCCCACCUCACCCGCGUCCUCAAAACCAACGACCACCUCAUGAUCCUCCUCCGAGGCGCUCUCCAUCUCUACACGGUAGAUCUCGAUUCCCUAGACGCCGGCGGCGUCUCCGACGUCGAGCACCCGAUGAAACGCGGCGGUCCGACCGAAGUCUUCGGCUCUUGCAACGGUUUAAUCGGGUUAUCGAAUUCACCGACCGAUCUAGCGUUGUUUAACCCCUCCACUCGCCAGAUCCACCGGUUACCUCCUUCCCCCGUGGAUCUCCCCGAGGGUUCGAGCACCCGUGGCUACGUGUUUUACGGGUUAGGGUACGAUUCAGUUAACGAUGAUUAUAAAGUUGUGAGGAUGGUUCAGUUUAAGCGUGACCCAGACGACGAGCUUGGUUGUACUUUCCCUUACGAGGUUAAAGUUUUCAGCUUUAAGAUGAAUUCAUGGAAGAGAAUCGAAUCGGUUUUGCCUUCGAUUCAGCUCCUUUUUUACUUCUAUUACCAUUUGCUGUAUCGCCGUGGCUACGGUGUUCUUGCUGGUAAUAGUCUUCACUGGGUUUUACCUCGAAGGCCCGGUUUGAUUGCGUUUAACAUCAUUGUGAGGUUUGAUCUCGCCUUGGAGGUUUUCGACAUUGUGAGGUUUCCGGAGGAUGUUGCCAACGGUGAUGUUGAUAUUCAGAUGGAUAUAGGUGUGUUAGAUGGGUGUCUUUGUUUGAUGUGUAACUACGAUCAGAGGUAUGUUGAUGUUUGGGUGAUGAAGGAGUAUAAUGUGAGAGGUUCUUGGAGCAAAGUUUUCACGGUUCAGAAACCGAAAAGUGUGAAGAUGUUUGCGUUUAUGAGACCUUUGGUUUAUUCCAAGGAUAGGGAUAAGGUUCUUUUGGAGAUAAACAAUACGAAGCUGGUGUGGUUUGAUCUUGAGAGUAGGAAGCUUAGUACUCUUAGGAUUAAGGAUUGUCCUAGCUCGUAUAGUGCGGAACUCGUUGUGAGUAGCCUUGUUUUGGGAUGCAAAGGAGAUCUUGAUAACAUUAAGCAUAGGAAAGAACAACGAGACAAAGAAGCUAGAGAAGCUAAAAUGAUGCAGAACAGUAAUAAGAGGGAUGAUUUCCUGUCCAAGGGAUUCAAACUGGUCUUAUAAGCGAAAUCAAGAGAACAGACAGAGAAGGGCGGAGAAAAUGGGAAGGAAGAAUAGCACAGAGAUAUUAGUAAUCAGCAACUUAACAAUAGCGUGUACCAAAAAGGCUUGGUAAUAAACAACCUUAACAAUAGUUUAUAUCAGAAAAGAUACUUCAGGUGUGGGAAGUGUACUAAGAUAUGUUACUUAAUGCAAGUGUUGUUGCUUUCUGUAAAUGGAUUGAAAUCAUAAAAUCUCUAUGUAACUCUUUUUAAAGCUUGUUAUAACUUAAGGACUAUGCAUAAAUUAAGAUGUGAAGAAUAUUUUAUAAACCU